UAGCAACCCCAGAACUCGUUGACUGGCAGUCGAAGAGCAUUUUAUAAAAUCGGAGGCAUCGAACAGUUCAAACAUGAAUAUUAUCUCGUCGGUUUGUUGGUGCAACGUCUGGGACAAGGACACCAUCGUGAAUGUCGGUCCCGAUGUCCUGUGCCAGCGCAAUGGCAAUGCGAUCAAGUUCGUCCACAUGCAAACAAAGGCUGUAAGUUUUUUCAAGGCGGAGACGGUGGCCACCGGACUGAGUAUCAGUUGUUUUUCCGGACACAACCGCUUUCCACUUUUCGCCUUUGCCGAGGCCGUCCUGCGACCCAAUAUCUACGUGUACCGCUAUCCGGAUAUGUCCAGGUUCAGUUCCAUUCCACCUCACAUGGUAAGCUUCACCGAUAUUCGAUUUUCGGAGCUCGACAUUCUGAUCGCCGUGGGCGGCUAUCCCGACUACUGCAUAUGCGUCUAUAACUACCGCACUGGAGCAUUGGUGCUGGAACACCCCACCAAUGUGCCCACCAUCGAACGCGGCAUUAUCAUCGGUCCCACCUAUCUGCCCGCCAUCGUGCAGCUGAACAAGCAGGAGAUGACCAUCCUGUGCUACGACAUCUGCAUCUUCGAGAAGGAGUCCUUCCUGUACAAGGUGGCCGAGGUGGACUUGGGCAAGGACUACCUGAAGUCCUGCGACGGCUGCAUGACCUUUGGCGACGACAACUGUCUGUACGCCACCAACGACUUUGGGCACCUGCACAUCGUCGACGUGGCCUGUUUCGCCCUGAGGCCCCAGUGGCGCCCCAGUGACGAGGAUGAGAAUGCGGAGAAGUUCCCCCGUCACCAUGGCCUCACCUUACACCGAUCCGGGUUCAUCAUCUGGAACAGCUCGGGCGCCGUCUAUGUGAAGAAGAAGGCAGGGGUCUACAAGGUCGAGUGGGAGCUGGAGGCUCGUCUGCACGAGGUCGUCCGCUUCCUGAGCAACACGAAUGGGGAGGCCUACGCGGAGCGUCGUCCGGGUCACAUUGACCAGGUGAUGAUCGAUCGCAGUGGGGCGGUCUCGCUGGAGUGCGUGGUGCCGACGGGACGACCGGUGCUCACCUUCCGCAUACUGCCGGGUCUUAAGGAGGAGUGCGUGUGCGCGAUGUACGAUGACGGGCUGGCCAUGCUGGACCUGGCCAAGGGCCACACGCUGUGCGAGAUCUCGGUGCCGGGGUCCUCGGCCAUGGGCAACCACCGCAGUCUGGCCAUGGUGGCCGUGGGCACCUUGGACGCCCGCAUCGUGCUCAUCCAUUUUGAGCGGGCCAACCUGCCGCAUGUGCUGUGCGAACUGAAGAUGGAGACGGCGGCCGUGGUCGGACUGGACUACAACGACAGCUGGCUGGUGUUCCAGGACCAGACCAAGUCGCUGCAUGUCGUCCAGGUGGAUACCAGGCCGCACAAGCUGACGCACUACUUCGAGCUGGACCAGCCGGAACUGACCCAGGUGUUCGUGCACACCUUCCUGCUGGCCGACGGACCGCGUCUGUUGGUCUUCAUCAACAGGAAUCACAACCUGAAGCGACCCGGCUUCGCCACCGAACUGUGGCUCUACAACUGGGGCAAGGAUCGGCGCCUGCACAGGCGAGAGUAUGUGCUGCCCAGGGAGUACGGCUUCUUUUGCGUCCAGCCGCCGGUGGGCAGGUGGGCGGUGAUCGAGAUCGUGGCCACCGAGUACAACAGCUUCAACUUCGACCAAUUCGCGCUGAACGAACGGGACGAAUUGCAGUGGAUCGCCUCCACGAAGUCGGGACAUUUUAGCUACAUCCUGGGCGUGGGCAUGACCAAACAUCUGGUCACCUGGAGCUUGGGCGGCAUCCUGGUGCACUUCAAGCAGCACAAGCGGGCCAAGAAGCCGUUCAUGAUCUGCCGAUUCCUCAACAUAGGCAUGCAAACGGAGUUUAUACUCAGGGUGAAGGAGUGCUUCAAUUCCAAAUACCUGCUGAUUCUGCUGGCAAACAAGAGCCUGCGGGUGAUGCGACUGCCCUCGUUGGCGGACUUUGUGCGUGAGAAUGUGGCCCUGCAGUUGCCCGUGGAGGAGGGCAUUGCCUGCUACGUGGAGCAGACGCUCCACAAGGUGGACAUGUUUGUGCCGCUGAGCCUGCGGCAGGAGGUCAAGGAGGAGUAUACGAGGGGUGAUUUGCUGAAGCGGGACAAGCUGUUUGCCAGUAUUAAGGACUUCGCGGCCAAGGUGACGGCGCUGAUCGACUAUGACAUCUCGAAAACGGGCAAAACGCAAGGCAUCUUCAAGAAGUUCUGCUUCCACUACCGCUGGCUGGACGCCCUCACCGAGGAGGCGCACAAGCUGUGCGCCCUGGAGCGCGAAUCGCUGGAGCGGGCCAUUGCCGACCAGGCCCGCAUCCGUGACUGGAUCCUGCGCCUGGUCACCCGCGAUGCAGUGAGCAUCAACUACCGCGUGCGCUCCAUCUUCGCCGAUGCCAACUUCGAAAGCUUCUCGGUGCGGCGCAAGAUCGAGAUGGCCGAGUUCGACAAGUAUCGUUUCUACGACCUGGAAGACCACCUCCGCCUGUCGCUGGGUUCGCUGGAGGAGGAGCAGCCAGCAGCUCCGGCCGCGGCAGGUCAUGGACCACCAGCUGGCCCCGAAGUUGAUGACUUGGGCGAGGAGGAGCAGGAGAAGGAGACGGAGCAGGGAUUGCGCCAACUUAAGCAGUUCGUGGUGGAGGGACCCAGUGUCUACGAACACAUCAUGGCACCCGAGUUCCAGCUGCAGGACAAGGACCUGGUCACGUCGAACCAGCUGUUCAACUACAACUGCAAGAUACGCUACUACCUCAAUGAUCCGCUCAAGCAGGAGUUCAACAAGCUCUUCCACGAGGCGCAGCAACUCAAGCAGGACACCAUCGACAGUGUGCUGAACACGAACGCGGUGCUCAACAAGAUCUACGACAACAUGAACAUCAUGCUGCGACUGCUCAACAUGGACCAGUUCCAGCCGCCCGAGCUCACGAUGCCCGGACUGGAGCAGGACGAGGUGAUCAAGCGGAUCAUGGAGGUGGACGACUCGGAGAUCAAGGCGGUCAACCGGCGGAAGCCCAAGACCAUCGACACGGGCGGCAAGAAGGGGAGACUGCUGCUGUGGAGCACCGAGUUCUGGGCUCGAGCCCUCGUCGUCAUGAUGGACGGCGUGCUGGAGAAGUUGUGGGAGGAGGAGAUCAAGAAAGACAUCCCCGAGCCGGAGUUCGUGCAGAAGAAGCAGCCGCACGAGUACAAUCUCGAGGAGCAAAAAAUCUACCGGGCCUACGAGGAGGCAGUGCAUCUGCUGGAGCUGGACCGCCGCAAGUACCUGCGCAUCCUGCACGAAAACGAGGAGAAAACGCUGGCCCUGAAGGCCAGCCACAUUCUGAAACUCAAUCAGCGGGUGGCCGAGCUGAUGGUCACGAAACUGAAGUACGACUUUGCCCUGAAACAGGGACAACUGCGUCUGCUCACCCUCGAGCAGAGCAACUUCGGCCGCGUCCAGUUGCGAAAGCGGUACAGCAUGUUCCGCAAGGACAUCGACAAGCUGACCGAGUACAUGACGCGAUAUGGCUAUCUCACGGACUUCUACGAAAAGGCCUUUCUGGAUGUCAAAACGCGACUGGAGGCCCAGCAAACUCGCGAUCGGACCGUCGAGCGCCAGUUUCGCAGCCAGUUCUUGCCCCUGGUGCCACAUGCCACCCACGAAAUGACCAAGCUCUUCAAGAAACGGCCCAAGCUGCCCAGCAAGAUCUUCAACUCGAUGCUCAUCUGCAUGGAGGCCGCGAACAAGCUGAGUGGCAAGCCCAGCCAUCGCACACCGUUCCCCUUGGCCGACGAUGUCCUCGAGUUCCUCAACUACCUGGCCGAGUUCGACCAGCCCAAACAGUGUCCCCCGCAGGUGGACGCCAAGUCCUGGGACACCUUCGUCAAGCUGCGACGCCAGAAGACGGAGAGCGAGCUGCGGAUCAAGGGCAUUGGGUACCAGCUGCUCGACAGCCAGAUCUACUUGAAUGCCCUCGUCAAGGACCUCGCGGCACUCAAGGAGUCCAAGGUGUUGACGCUGCACUAUGCCGAGGAGAGCAUACAAACUUACUUGGAAAAAAUGAGAAACAUGACGAUCCAGUUGACCCUCACAAAGGGCCAGGUUGAAGUCUCGGUACUGGGUAAGUUCACCAAGCUCACCAACACAGUUCUCAUGCACGUGGACGACAUCAACGAUGUGAAUUUUCAAAUACAGGAAGCCGGUAACAAAAAGAUCAAGGCCAUGCAGAGGGUGGCCGUUUUCAGGCGCCAGGUGAUCUUCAAGGAGUGGGAACACAAGCUGUACAAGGCCAAUAUAGCCUACCUUAAAUACAUGCUGGAUGCCAUCGAGAAGUGCAAGGUUUCGAUGGAGUUCCUGAACAUUCUGCGCAACUGGGAAAAGGUCAAGACCGAGCGCCAGAAGUACAUGGGCGGGGCCAUCGAACGAGUGAUCGAGCAAAAGAUAGCCGCCUUCAAGAAGAACAUCGAUCGAGUGAACAUCAAAAUCGACUCGGUCAAGGCCCAAACCCUGGAAGUAAAGCGCAGCAAUCACGCCAUCGAUUUCAAAAUCGAGCGGAUCAAGGUGGACGUCACUUUUCAGAACACUCUGCGCGAUACUAUGAUGGAGGAGAAGCGGGAUCGCGAGCAGCGCGAGCGCAUGUCGCAGAUCAAGACCCAUCGUCAGCUGAUGGAGAAUGUGCGCCGCCACUACGCCCAUGUGCUGGAAUUGCAGACGAUACUGGAGCUCCUCCGUCUGCGAACCUACCCCACCCUGGGCCCGCCCCUGCCCCAAUGUCAUCCGCCCGUGCCGGAGCACAUCCUCAGUUCGGUGCCCUAGGAGAACUUCAACCCGUCCAGCCGGCAGACCGGUCCAUUGGACCAAGUUCCAGCCACUUGGCGAAAUUGCAAUUAAAUAUUUUCAUAGCGCCAAAUGAAAAUUUAUUAGUGGUUCUGGGGAGCUGGGUGCUUUAGACUGCCGCUGCCACUUAAUUUGGUCUGUUUGUGUCUGUGUCUGGAGCAAACACCAAGACGAGGCAUAAA